AUGUACCCUCGCCAAGAAGACGUGAGUCUUCUGCAGCGCUACAUCAAUGAUAACAAACUUGAGGAUAAAGGUGUCCCAAUGACGGAGUUGCGGCGGCUAGAUGGUUUGGACCAAGUCAUGUUGGGUGUGGACGGAACGAAAAUCAUUGACCUCAUUACCCAGGCUGUGCGAGAGAGGGAAAAGAUGGCCGUUUACACAUAUACAACGCCGUUUACGGUGUACAAUAAAAUCACUGAGAUUUGUGAGACUUUUCGAACCCUCAAAAACUGCACUCCUGUGUUGGUUUUUAAUGGUAUUCCUUUUUCUCCAGAUCCAGAUGAGGAAUUUACCAGGGAUAGGAAUACAGUUCCACUUGAAAUAACAGCAUUCACUGGUACAGACAAUUGCAGGUUGUGUAAUAUGCCACCAGCUCGAGCUUCAGAUAUCCAGAAAAAGUCGUCAAACCGUUUUGUUGUUGAGGAGGAUGUGGAGAAUCAGAUCAUCAAAUUAUUUCGUUCUGAGUUUAAGAAUACCAUGCGCGCUCCGUAUCUUGCCUGGGCUCAAUUAUCUGCGUUUCGACACCCUGAGAAUCGUUACGUAUCAGAAGUGUACGGUUGUCUUGAACUUCUUGCUUUCCCUGGUAUUGAUCGCGUCAUUACAAAUAUUAAUGUGAUGAAGGGAACAUUCGAUAUGGUGCGUAAAUCACGUCUCUUAGAUUCAUUGAGGAUAGAUGAUGACGACUUGGGAAGCUUGAUUGUGAUUGAUAGUCGGAGUCGAGUUAUGAAACCUGUGUCUCACAAAUUUUUGUCCCUUGAUGAAAUGUGUAAAAAAAUUCAACGAGUAUAUGAUUUUACUCUUGGAUGUUCUUAUGCGCAUCGUCUAAGUGAAGAAAUCGCAUCUGGAGCUGAUCCUUCACUUCGAAAUCGAACUCAUUCUUUAAGAAGUGCUGUGAUUCGAAAUCUUGAUGCCUUGGGAUGCCCUGUAUUGACAUUAACUCCUCCCCAUUGCAUUUCUUUGUCGCGGCUAUACAAGGGACGUCGAAAAACGCUUUGUGAACCCAGGACAGCAUUGGGAAGUCCUCUUCCACCAGUCAUGUAUUAUGUACUUUCGGCUGGACUUUUGUCUCCCAGUCCUCUUGCUGCAUUAUGUCAGGGGAGUGUGGUUGAUGAUUGGCCACUUGUGGAUUCCGUAAAGUAUCGUGAUAUGGCUGAAAUUGUUCUUCCUCUUCGAGUGCAGACAGUUUAUCAACUCGUCAUGACCUUGGGCCAAAACGAUUACCGCAUGACGUGGUUCCGCCGUUAUAAUGUUCCUCAAGGCCGAAUAGGCAAAAUUCAUCCUCCCCCAGAUAUUUCCCUGGAUUCUUGGAUGUUAAAUGGUAUAAACAUACCUAGUAGCCUCCAUCUUGUGGAUGUAUUGGAGUAUGCACAUUUGGCAACUUCUUCUCCAGAUGUUUAUUACACCACUAUGGAAGAGACUUGCGCAGCUAUUCUUCUUCAAUCUCUUGAUUUACUUGGGUACUUGACUCAUGAAGCACGCGAUCGAGGUGAGGAAGUUCAAUUAAGUGAACCCUCUGCAUUUGGUCGUGCGCUUAAAUUGUGCAGCGUUUCAACACUCAGCGAAUAUACGGUUCUUCUUAUUGAACUCACUCGAACUGGUGCUAUUACCUCAAGUCCGAUUCGAAUGACUCAAGAAGAAAUACACCCACGGAAUAUUCCUCCUGAGGUUGUACUUGCUAGCCGUAUUUUAUCCAUUAUUCCAUUAAAUGUUUCUGGUCCAUGGAGUGGUCCAAUUGAUGCAGAGCUUGCCGCCUUCAGUAUGGUUUCACGCAUGAUUUCUCGUUCCAUACGUCACCUCCUCGAGUCUAUUAUGAUGGCGAUGUUUUAUCAGGGAAAAACGCAAGUUCCGCUGCACAGGGUAUGUGAAAUCCAGCGGUCGCUGCCAUUUUCUACUCCUGUAGAGUUUGGUAGUGGUGUAUUGAUUCAAUAUAUCUUAAUGAAGGAAAAGUGUACGUUGGCUGACGUGGAGGCAGCCUUUCCAGAGUGUACUUACCUCUCUCACGAUCUCGCAACACUAUUCUAUUUCUGGGAUCUUGCAUUCUACGUCCUGCAAUCCGUUGCUUCUGUAGAUGUCUCAAUUGAUCUAUCUAUUGUUUGUAAAGCCCAUGAAAGGAUGAUGGAAGUUAAGAAUAACCUCGACAUUAAUACAGGUGUAAGGGAAACUUAUUACUAG